AUGCUGCCGAUUCUUGUUGCCGUCCUCGUCUCGCUUCCCGCCGCACUUUCACAGUCUUUCACUUUUCCGCUGAGUCCCAACCAGCCGUAUCCACAAUAUAAUAGUGAGUUCGAGCGCGGAAAAUAAGAGAGUGAGAGAGAAUCGAAUGGAAAUCUUUUUAGAUGUGUUCGAGUCGAGGUAUCCGUACAUUCCUGGCCAACAAAUGAGUCCGAUCGGUCAGAUGAACGGACUCGGAGGCCAAGGGUAUCAGAUUAAUCAAAUGAGCCAAACGGGUCAGAUGAACGGAAUCAAUCAGGCGCCGAUGCACAAUUCGAUGGCUCAGAGGUUCCAAUUCAAUCCGAUGACAAGGAUUCAGGUGCAGCCGCCGAUGCAAGGUCAGACAAUAUAUUUUUUAAAUUUCGCAUUCCGCGGAUCUCUGCGCAAGUGUUUUUCACAUGCAAGUUUCCUCGAAAAUAACCGUUGAAAAUCAUUUGAUUGGAUUCCCUAAUCGAGCCCGGAAAUUCCAUGACAAAUUACCUCCCGGAGAAAAGAAUGCCCUCUCUUCUUCAAAUCUUUCUCGAAAUCUCUGAUACUAACAUUUCGUAUUCUUUUCUCUCCCACGAACAAUUCCAAAAACACACCUCGCUUUUCUCGAGCUGUUCCCACUUGGUGACGUGCUCGCAUGGACAUAAAUCAGCAGCCUUUCCCCCCAGUGAUUUCCUCGCUUUCAGGCCAAUCGUUCGAGCCCGCCCGUGUCACUUCGCCCGUCGGUCCGUCCGAGUAUCAAGUGGAUCAGAGGGCGCCGUCUCAGGUGACUUCCCCUCCGGUUUUGGCCCACUCAAUUCUCCAUUUGCAGCAGCCGUUUUCUGCGCCCACUCGCAUCGUUCCGCCCUUUCUGAAGAGUGCUUCCGUCGGCGAACAGGACCGAGUCAGUUGCCAAGGCAGUGCUUCGAAUUGCUGCGGAGCCCGCCCGCAUAAAUCACUUUCUGUCUCUAUUUUGCACGUUUCAGUUCUACGAAAUUGUGCAGCAUCCGACGUGGAGUGGAGUGGAAAAGAAUCGAAGGAUCGAAGAGUUCAUGAGAACGAUGUCCGACGCGAGACAGGUCUGUUCCGCCCGUUCCGUUGUUCAUUCUCAAUAGUUGUCCAGGAAAUGUAUUCCGAAUUCCGCCAUGACGUUAUCGAUAAGGAGACGGAGGAAAAGCGGCGAAACGUGGAUCGGGCGGUCAGUUCUAUGAGCAAGGAGGCGGUCGAGCAGUUCCAGAAAGUCGUCGCGAUCAUGCACGAUCCGAUGCAGCCGGAGCCGGAGAGACUCAAGAAGAUCGAGGAGAUCUACUCGAAACUUCCCGACUCUAUUCGCAAAGAGUUUGACGCGAAGCUCAAGGGUUUCUGA